GAUUUCAAAGAGGAUCCACACCGAUGUGUCUCAAUCACUGACCCAUUAGAGCGGAGGAGUCGGUAAUUAGUAGUAGGCGAUGUCCUCAGUGACGUUUAACAACCGGAUGUGUGCGCGCGUGUGUGGCCGCGCGCCCCCGCUGUCCCCCGUGCGCUCCGUGAGAGACAGCUGGCGCACCGGAGGCUCCACGCCGUGAGGAGAAAAUGACCGUAGAGAGAAUAUUCGACCAACUCGGACAUUUCAAAAGAUUCCAGGCAUGUCUGUACUUUGCCGCGGUCUUCCAGGCCGUAGCCUGCGGGAUCCACUACCUGUCCUCCGUCUUCUUGGUGCAGACGCCCAACUUUGUGUGCAGCGCGCCGGGCAACGUCACCGGCGUCCUGUACGGUAACCUGACCGCAUCCAGCCUCGAAGACGUCCUGCCGGCCUUCAAGCUGGGGACCGGGCCCCUGGUGGCGAGGACGGCGGGAGGCGAACAGUGGGAGCUCAGCCGGUGCCGCCGCGCCCUGCGCCUCGACCCGACGCGCUUCGCGUACACCUUCCACGGCAACACGACGGCGAGAGCCUGCGAUGGGAACUUUGUGUACGACCGCACGGAAGUGGUCCAAAGUAUCGUGACGGAAUGGGACUUGGUGUGCGAGAAGGAGUGGCUGGCCAAGCUGUGCCAACCCACCUUCAUGCUCGGGGUGCUGAUCGGAGCGCUGGUGUUUGGGGAUGUCGCCGACAGAGUUGGUCGCGUGAGGAUCCUGAUGCUCACCAGCGUCUGUCAGUUUGGCUUCGGGGUGUCUGUGGCCUUCUCUGGGAACUACUAUUACUUUGUGGUGCUCCGCUUCCUCCUUGCCAUGGUGUCGAGCGGAUACCUCGUGGUGGUGUUCGUCUACGUCACCGAGUUCACCGGCAUCAAAGUGCGCACGUGGACCUCCAUGCACGUGCACGCGGCCUUUGCCGUGGGCGUCAUGGUGGUGGCACUGACCGGCUACCUGGUGCGGGUCUGGUGGAUCUACCAGCUCAUCCUCUCCACGUGCACGUCGCCCUUUCUACUCCUCUGCUGGAAGUUCCCAGAGACGCCUUUUUAUUUGAUGGCCAAGGGCCGCUACGAGGAGGCUCAGACCCUGCUGGACUCGAUGGCCCGCUUCAACGGCCUCGAACCCACGCUGAGGGUCCAGGAGCUCCUGGAGCCCGAGGAGAGGGAGAACGGCCGGGCUCUGCUGCACGAGGCCGAGGGGCGGCCGCCGCAGCCCGACCGGAAGCUCUCCAUUCUGGAUCUGUUCAGCACCUGGAGGAUGGCCGGCCGCACGUGCACGGUGUGGGCCAUCUGGUUCAUCGGCAGUCUAGGCUACUACGUCUUCUCCCUGGGCUCCGUCAACCUGGGAGGAAACCAGUACAUGAAUCUCUUCCUGGCCGGUGCAGUGGAGCUUCCCUCGUAUCUGGUUGGUUGUUAUGCAAUGGACCGGAUUGGCAGGAAGAAGACCUGUGCCCCGGCUCUGCUGCUGGCCGGGGUUGCUUGUAUGCUCAUUAUUGUGGUACCUGAUGACAUUGACGCGCUGGCCAUUGCUCUCGCUAUGACGGGGAAGUUUGCCAUCGCCAUUGCCUUUGGGCUCAUCUACCUGUACACCUGUGAGCUUUACCCAACCAUCAUCAGGUCUCUUGCGGUGGGCAGUGGGAGCAUGAUGUGCCGUGUUGGCAGUGUGGUGGCGCCCUUCUGCGUGUACCUGGCCGAUGUCUGGAUCUACCUACCACAGCUGAUUGUUGGAAUCCUGGCGUUCAUCGUGGGAGUGCUGAUGUUGUUGUUGCCCGAGACUCUGGGCAAACCUCUAACAACCACUCUGGAAGAGGCGGAAGCUCUGGCAAACCAGCCCAGCAAGAAGGACCCCGCCACGGGGCGUAAAAAUGUCGAGGACGGCUUGGAGAUGAACCACCGGAAAGCCAAGGCCUGAGUCCAUAGAGGCUGAACUUUCACUAUCGUCAUGUUUUUGUGGAUUGUUAAAAAAAAAAAAAAAAAAUUCAAACAUUUUUGUUUGUUUGUUUGUUUGUUGAGAUUUAUUUAUGCAGAGACCAACAUGAGUACUUUUAAGGUACAGUACAUUACACAAAAUCUUGACAAAGAAACUAUGACCUGUGACAAGAAACACUAGCAGUUGGGAAAUAACACAAGUUGUGAACCAAUUUUCUAAACUACCUUCUGUAGGUCAAAGUUGAACCAGAAAAUGUGAUGGAUUAUUAUGGUAGGCAUUAUUUUCCUAUUAAAAUGAGUGCAGCUGGCCUAUAACAAAGCUUGAAUGACCUCAGAUUUGGGCAAUAAACCUUCUAAAUGUGGCAUUUCAUGAAACAUGCAAAAAUGAGACCAAAACUGGAAUUAUUUCUUAGGAAGGAAGUGAGCAUGAGUUUAUGCUCUUUAACUUAAUAACCUCUCUGAAACAAUAAUCAGUCAUUUUACUAAUACUCUUAAAUGUUCUUUUUUAGAAUGAUUAGUGAGCUGUUUAAUGUUUAGUGAGCAAGACUUCUGGUUUUCGUAUUCUGUGUAUGCAAUCUAGGUGUUGAAAUGUAAUACUGCAUUAACAGACCAGGAGAUUACUCCUGAUAUUUGGACCAAAGACCGACAGAAACCACUCUUUUACAAUAUGGUAAUAUUUUACAAUAUAAAACCUGUAUGGUGCUUGCAUCCAAAGGGAAACAAUUCAGAUCAUUGGAUAUUCCGACAAAAUGAAAGCUUAUAUAUAGGAUUAUAUUAUUAUAGCCCUCGUGAUUUUUUUGUGUGUGAAUAUUUCCUUUGUUUUAUUACAUUAUGGAUAAAAUAACACACUUUUCUUCAUCACACUAUAACCUUCUAAAGUCUGUCUUGUGUUUAUGCAUCUGUUGUAACAACUGCGGUUCUACAGUGAUACUGAGGAUGCAGUGUGCAGUAUGCAACGCAUUCCAAAUGCUUUUACAUUUUAAAAGCUCAUCUUGUUCUUUUUCUUCUUGUCUCUCUGUCUCUCAGGGGUUUGUUCAACCUGAUGCUGGAGAACUGGGAUAUCUAUUUUAGUCUUUACUGGGAACACAGAGCGGGCCGGUUUACAGCCCAGCGACACUAACAUCUCCCUGUUUGAGGAGGAGGUCCACACUGCCCCCACCUCUGCUCCACCCAGCACAUGAACAAGCUCCCCGUGUUCAACUUUUGAGUAGAACCUCUGCGGCUGCACAACCAGCAAACAGUGUGUGUGUGUGUGAAAAGAAAAACGUAAGUUAUGCACUUCACUUGAACCUUAACUGCCAGGCUGUUUUUUUUGUGAGUUCCAAAAAGAAGCUUUAGACCCAACCAAGUGGAAUUUAAGUAGGACGUAAACCGCAACAGUGCUUCUACUGGAAUGCAAACCCACGGGAGAGGAGAGGUUGGCACAGGCGCCGUAAACCAAAACACGGUUAAUUAUGGACUGUAACGGAGUACAGGGUGGAUGCUGGAAUCCUGAGGUUAAAGGGAAGUUCAGGUCCAAGUGGGGUUGUUAAAAAAAUUAUAGAACAGUACAACAUAACGAGGUUACUAUAAGUAUAAGUAAGUCAUAGUAUAGGAUGGCGAAAAAGUCGGAGAAGGUAAUAGUAUAUCAGGUGAAAUCAUAUAGCAAGUAGUAAAGCAUGUCUGGAAACAUCCAAAAAGUCUUAGUUUGAGUGACAUGAAAGUCAUAGUAAAAGUUAAAAAUGUCAUGGAAUAGUCUGAUAUAUGAGGUCAAAAAGGGUCAUAGUAUAGCGUGUCAAAAACAGUGAUAGAAACAAAAAGUCAAGUGGUAAAAAUGUAAUUGGAUAGCAUGCUGGAAAAAAAGUCAUAGAAAAGAUAUAGUAAAGCAGGUAGUAAAUAGUCAGUAAAGUCAGCAAAAAAUAAAGUGAAGCAUGUAUAAAAAGUCGUACUAUAAAGUAUCAUGAAGUUAUAGUUUAAUAUAUUAAAAAGUCUCAGUAUCGCAGGUCUAAUGAAGUGAUGAUACUGCUUGAGUUAAAAAAAUUAUGAAAAAGGUCAUAGUGUUGCAAGUUGAAAAUUGUCAUUAUCAAGACAUCGAAGUAUAGCGUUCAGAAUACUUUAGUAUAUAGUAUUAAAUAAAACCAUAUUCAUAAAAGAAAACAAGUAAAUCGGAGACAACAGCUGCAAUGGUUAGAGGACAUUUAUUCUGA